AUGGUGGGAGAUUUCAAUGAAGUUUUGAGGAAGGAAGAAAGAAUUGGUGAGGGAGUUCCUAGAUUUACUAAAGGUAUGGAGGAGUUUAGAAGUUUUGUGAAUAGUAUGGAGUUGAUCGAUUUAAAUUGCGUUGGAGGUAAAUUCACAUGGUUUAAAGAUAACGGUAAAGCUUUUAGUAGGAUAGAUAGAUUUCUUCUUUCUAAAAAGCUAAUUGAGGAUUGGGAGGUUUGUGACCAAAGGAUUGACAAAAGAGACUUUUCGGACCACGCUCCUAUUCGGUUAGGUGUGGGGAAGCUUGAUUGGGGACCGAAACCGUUUAGGUUCAAUAAUGCUUGGUUUAAACAUGAAGGUGUCAAGGUUUUUGUGGAGAUGGAAUGGAAGAAGUUGUUUGUAACGGGAAGGGGUGAUUUUGUGCUCUAUGAGAAAUUGAAGAGUUUUAAAGAGAAUCUCAAAGGGUGGAAUAGGGAGAUUUUUGGGUGGGUUGACCUUAAGAUGGAGGAGGCAAGGGAUAGCAUAAACAUGUGGGAUAAGGUGUUAGAGGAGAAGAUGGGAGGUGAUAACGAAGUGAGAGACAAAGACGCAACGCUAUUACUUCGUUGGAAGGAGAGGAGGGUAGAGUCGAAGGAGUUACAAACAUCAAAGAGGAGAUUCAUGGUUGACUUUGAUAGACCGGUUCCGGAAGGCCUUUGUUUCAAGCGGUUGGAGGGUGAUGAUGUGGUUUGGAUGGAGCGGGAAUUUUCCGAAGUUGAGAUCAAGGAGGCGGUAUGGUCUUGUGAUGGUGAUAAAAGUCCCAGUCCGGAUGGAUAUUCGUUGGAGUUCUUUAAGCUUAAUUGGGAGAUUUUGAAGGAGGAUGUGUUCAAGUGUGUUAGGGAUUUUCAUGAAAAAGGGAAACUUACCAAAGCUUGUGCGGGAAAAAGAGUUGAAAUGUCUGACUUGGCCAAAGCUUUGGAAGUGCCCGUUGCGGAUUUAGAAGCUAAUCACAAAACCGAUGGAGGAAUACAAGGAAUUAAAAGAACUUAUCUAGAAGCUCAGGCCAUGUCUUAUGCUCAAAAGAAACAAUGA